AUGAAAAAAGGUCAUCGUCGGUGGACAUGGGAAUCGCUCAAUGGCGCGACUCGUGCGGAGAUCGACUACAUACUCACCAUCCGGAGGUGGUGUCUACUUCACGCCUCAGUAGUACCAUCCUUUUGUAGUGGUUCUGAUCACCGUCUCCUUCGUGCGAAAAUACGACUUAACAACACGAUGGAAAAGAACAUCUGCUAUCGGCAACGAAGGAGAAAAGAAGUCGUCUACGACGACUGCGUACUCGAGGACUCCUUAUCCCAAGGUGACUGGCACAUCGAGGAGGACCCAAACGUGGACUACGAGAUGCUGCUCAGAGGAUUACGAGCCUGUGCUGGACGUGCCUCGAAGCCGCGCACGACAAACUUGGAUCCAAUUUCGAAGACCACCAAGGAAUUGUUGGAAAGAAGAAGGACUUUGAGGCUUGAUCCAAGUGCAUCGCACAUUGAGCGGCAGAAGAAGAUUCUGGAAGUAGCACAAAGAAGAACGAGUCUAAAGAAGUGCCGCAGAGAACUCUGCGAAUAUAAUAUUCCGCUAGCAGCCCUGCUGAGCGAAGACGGAACUCGAACGUCUUCUCGUCGUGAGAUGGAAGUCAUUACGGAGAGGUUCUACUCGAACCUUUUCCGUUCAUCAACUCCUGUGUCGAUCCCGAUCAUUCUCUUUGAAGAAGCUACACCACGGAUUCUCCCUUCGGAACUACGAGUCGCUAUCAAGAGCAUGAAAUCAUCAUCAUCUUGUCAUCUUUGGGCUCGUGGCCAUCCAUUUCAUGUAAUCUUAGCAGCGCCCAUGACAUCCUACCUUCAGAAAGAAAGGAUCCCAGACCAGAGGAAGACCUCGCGAACCGUUCUUAUCCAUAAGAAAGGUGACCGAGAGAACCUUCGGAACUACCGUCCGAUAUGGUUGCUGAGCGUGUUAUACAAAGUGUUCACCAAGAUCACGCGCAUAUAUAGAACGCUGGAUGAAGUCAAGUCUCAAGAACAAGGUGGAUUCCGUCAGAGGUUCAGCUGCUUGGACCACAUCCAGAUCAUGUCGAGGGUCAUUGAGGUUUGCCGGGAAUACCGCCUGCCCCUUGUUCUAACCUUUGUCGUCUAUGAGAAAGCCUUCGACAGCACAGAAACGAAUGCAAUACUGUCAACUAUCAAUCAAAACUAUCAAGGUGUGGACGCCCUGUAUGUGAGGACAUCAGCCAAUUGCUACGAUCGAUGCAUCACUAAGAUACAGCUUUUCCACCGCCCUCUCACCAUACCCAUUGGAAAGGAGGUACGACAAGGCGAUACUAUAUCGCCGAAGCUGUUCACGGCUGCAUUGCAAUGGAUAAUGAAAUCACUAUCCUGGGAAGAAAGGGGCCUACGUGUGGAUGGAAGAUUUCUUUCGAACCUUCGUUUCGCGGACAACAUCAUUCUCUUUUCGAGCAGUACCAAUGAAGCAGAAACAAUGCUCAACGAAUUGAACGAAGCAGGGAAGAGAAUAGGACUGCGAAUAAACAGAAAGAAGACACAGUUUAUGAAGAACGCCUACUGCGAAGGCGGAGGAGUACAACUUGAAAAUCGAGGAAAAAAAUCCAAAUCCCAAAUCGAGGAAACUUCGUCAUACGUAUAA